GAGGGAUGAAUACUACAGAGGAAUCAACUCGGUCAAAGCUUCACUCGAGCAACGCUUCAAGGUACUAGAGGAAAAGGAGAGAAAGCUCGAGAGCAACUUAUGGAGUUAAACUCCCAGCGAGCAUGCUUGCAUUCGCUGCAAAAGUCACCGGAGGACAAGAGGGCAGAGGUUGAGACGAGAGAGGGAGCUAACAUUCUUCAUCCUCAAGUAAAGGUUGAAAGUUUGGACUAUCCAUCGGCCUCUGCCUGGCCUAUGGAUGAAACAAUGAACUUGCAGCAGCUAACAUGCGAGUAUUUUGAGAGGCAUGACUUUGUCCAUCAAAAGCUCUUAGACGCGAUUCAAAUGUCACUUGAUCCCUCUCAGCUGGUCUUAGAGGCGAUGCAGGACAUUGACUUCAAAAAUACAAGGAAGCAUGAGAGAAGAUUUGGCACAAGCAUAUUUUUGAGGAUCUGUCUGCUGCCGUUACGUUAUCUAGAUGAGGCUUGGCAAUAGAUUAAGCCUCAGGUGAAAGAGCCGCGAUGCUGUUGGCCAACCAAUGGAAGGCUCAGCUGAGUGCUUCAUCUGAUUAUUAUACUUUUGAGGCAUUGGCUCUCUCGAGGCUUAUAGUGGUCUAUAAACUGACCCCUGCAUUUUGUCCUAAUGAGCUUGAAGAGCUUGUGAAUUCUAUAUCUGAGCAUGGCCAAACCAAUGAGCCACCAGAGGUCCUUGGUUUUUCAGGAAAGCAACCGUAUCCCAAGGUUCGUCUUCCUUGUGAGAGGGAGAAGAAGCUGGCGCAGAGCUGCCCAAGUGUUGGUGAUCAUCUGCAACUACGUCAUAUGAACAAGCGUUGCCGCAUGGCUUAAAGAAGUUUCUUCCAUUUAGUAAGAUGACAAGUUACCCUCUUUUAGGUGUUCUGGUUUCUAACCCAUAGAUUGAUGUGAUGAUGCAAGUAAUUGCUUAGGCUGCAUAUAUGUUGCGCAGACUUUGACAAAAACGACGAUGAGUUCAACCGAACUUUAGCUUUAGAAACAUUAAUGAAGCUAUAUCUCAAUCAUCUCUAAUCCAUGCCUAAGGUGUUGCUCGGUUCCUAUGUGUCAAGAAAUUGUGAUAUGGUAGUGUAGAUCUGGCAAUUGAAUUGAACCGAGAACUGGAAGCAUAAUUCAAACUGAAGAUUGCCAUAUAUAUUUCGAAAGUUUAAUUGCAUUA